CCUUAGACCAUGGCAAUAACGAACAAUUAAGAGAGGAGUAUGAAAAAAAUUUAAAAAACCCAGUUCAAAUUUUACUAGAAAAUCAAGAUGAAAAUAUUAAUAAAGUUAUUCCAAGAAAUAAC